GCGAACCACUGCUCCCAAGCAUACUACAACAAAAUAUCCAAGUCUUGGGGUAAAUACAUCGACCAUGGCCCUCAAGUCCUUCAACGCCGCCACCUUCCUCGAAACCUGGUCCGACGAGAAAUACUCCCCGCUCCACAGCGGCAAGACAUUCGCACAAUGCAUACGUGAAGCCUUCGACAUCCCCGCGUCAGACACAUACAUCUACCGCGCGCAAGCAGAAACAACCCUAGACGUCACACAGCGCGCAAUCGCGGGGAAGCGAGCCCACGGCCUACACGCAUGGUACCACGACGAUGAGGGGAAGCCCACAGACCCUCCCCACCCCACUACCCCCGAAAUAACCGCCUACACAGCCCUCUUCCUCCCAUCCGUCUCCCUCCCCAAAGCCCUCACAAGCCUGCGCGCAAACGCAAAGUCGCAAACCCUGCGCGCCCCAAUCUCCACCCACCUCCUCACCCGCUACCACGCUUCCUCAACCCCCGGGCUCCUCCCCUCAAAGAAACCCCGCUCGCACAAAAACCCCUACCUCACCCUCUGGACCUACACCUGCCACGAGCUAGAAUGGGCCGGCCCCCUCCCCUCAACAACACACACACGAACAUCGCACCACAUCCUGCCCAUCCUGUACCACCACUUCGGCUGCGUCGUCCCGUCGUACGCAGCACUGCACGUCCUCGCGCGCCUGGCACAACCCGCGCGCCCAUCGAAAGAGAGUGUGCGGCCUAUCCUAGACAUUGGAAGCGGAACGGGGUACUGGACGUUCCUACUGCGCAACCUCGGGGCAGAGAGCGGGAUGAAAGCACUCGACGUGCGGGCCGUGGAUAGCGGGGUAUCGGAGUACAGGGUGAUGUGGAUCGGGGAUACGAUUCGAGCCGACGGGAUGGGGUAUUUGCGCGACAACGGGGGCGGGAGGGGGUGUGUGUUGUUGCUUGUGUAUCCGCAGGCGACGGGGGGGUUUACGGAGAGUGUGCUCAGGGCGUAUGAGGGCGAUACGGUGGUUGUUGCGGGGACGCAGAAUGGGAAUGGGUUUACGGGGUUUCGGGAUGUGGGGGUUGAUGAGUGGGUGGGGAGGGAGAUGGGUGCGUUUGAACUGGUGUUGAGGAUGCCGUUGCCGAGUUUUGCGGGGAAGGAUGAGGCGCUUUUUGUGUUCCAGCGGAGGAAGACAUGAACCAUUUAACAGACAGCCAUGGGGUAGAUAAAAACAAGUGUCUUUAACAUAUUCGUUGAAUUUAUAUCAUCCAUCAUGC